CCCGAGCGGGGUCGGGGGAGGGGGCAGCAUGGCCUGUCCGUCCGGCCCCCUUCGCCGCGCUCCUCAUCUGCCCCGCGCCGAGCGCCGCCGCCGCCGCCGCCGCCGCCGCUCCGCUGCCCGCGCCGCCCGCGGCUCCCGAUGGAGACUGACGCGCCCCAGCCCGGCCUCGCCUCCCCGGACUCGCCGCACGACCCCUGCAAGAUGUUCAUCGGGGGACUCAGUUGGCAGACUACGCAGGAAGGGCUGCGCGAAUACUUCGGCCAGUUCGGGGAGGUGAAGGAGUGUCUGGUGAUGCGGGACCCCCUGACCAAGAGAUCCAGGGGUUUCGGCUUCGUCACUUUCAUGGACCAGGCGGGGGUGGAUAAAGUGCUGGCGCAAUCGCGGCACGAGCUCGACUCCAAAACAAUUGACCCCAAGGUGGCCUUCCCUCGACGAGCACAGCCCAAGAUGGUGACUCGAACGAAGAAGAUCUUUGUUGGGGGGCUGUCGGUGAACACCACAGUGGAGGACGUGAAGCAAUAUUUUGAGCAGUUUGGGAAGGUGGACGACGCCAUGCUGAUGUUUGACAAAACCACCAACCGGCACCGAGGGUUCGGGUUUGUCACGUUUGAGAGUGAGGACAUCGUGGAGAAAGUGUGUGAAAUUCAUUUUCAUGAAAUCAACAACAAAAUGGUGGAAUGUAAGAAAGCUCAGCCAAAGGAGGUGAUGUCGCCGACGGGCUCAGCCCGGGGGAGGUCUCGAGUCAUGCCCUAUGGAAUGGACGCCUUCAUGCUGGGCAUCGGCAUGCUGGGUUACCCAGGUUUCCAAGCCACAACCUACGCCAGCCGGAGUUAUACAGGCCUCGCCCCUGGCUACACCUACCAGUUCCCCGAAUUCCGUGUAGAGCGGACCCCUCUCCCGAGCGCCCCAGUCCUCCCCGAGCUUACAGCCAUUCCUCUCACUGCCUACGGACCAAUGGCGGCAGCAGCGGCGGCAGCAGCUGUGGUUCGAGGGACAGGCUCUCAUCCCUGGACGAUGGCUCCCCCUCCAGGUUCGACUCCCAGCCGCACAGGGGGCUUCCUGGGGACCACCAGCCCCGGCCCCAUGGCCGAGCUCUACGGGGCGGCCAACCAGGACUCGGGGGUCAGCAGUUACAUCAGCGCCGCCAGCCCCGCCCCCAGCACCGGCUUCGGCCACAGUCUUGGGGGCCCUUUGAUUGCCACAGCCUUCACCAAUGGGUACCACUGAAGCAGGGGACGGUGGCAGGAGCGCCCCAGCCUGCAGCUGACUGAGGACCAAGAGUGAGCCAGCGAGGGGGCGGGAGACCUCAGCCGCAGCCGCUGCCCCCUCCCCUGCAGCGACUCGGACCCGCUACUGCCUGCCCCCCACUCCCCGGGCCCGGCCCCUGCCCUGCUGCCCCCGACAGCGUCUGGCUCCCCUACUAACGUCCCCCUCUUCGCCCUUGCCCCCGUCCUCACCCGCCCCUCUCCCGGCCCUGCUUUUAUUUAUUUUGGAUUAGCCGGUUGCCCACCCCAGCCCUCUGGUCCAUCCCUCCCUGCCGCGCCCCUCCCUCCGUGCCGCGCCCCCCUAGGACCGCCCCCUCCCCAAAACGCUUUUGGAUUUGUGCAUAGCUAGAGUGAAGGCGGAGGGAGCCUGCUACAGGCCGCAGCCCAACCCCUGUUUUUUAUUCCGAUUUCCCCUCCUUUACCCUUUCCCUUUUUUUUUUUUUUUAAAGAAACCGUUUUUAAACUAUUUCUAGGUUUGCGAAUGUGAAGCCCCAGGCCGCAGGGGGCAAGGGGCCAGGUGCCCCCCACCAGCUGAGAACAAAGUGUCUAUCUGGGUGUGGGCCCCUGGCCGCCUCCCUCCAGCCCUGGAGAGGAGGGCAGGGCUGCGGGGAGGCCAGGCCGAGCCCCUGGAACCAUCCCGUCCUGUAUCAUAUGUAAAUACUGUGAGGUGAUGUGCCCACCCCUCUCUAAGACCCCUCGGGGGUGAGGGGCUCCCCCCUCCCCUGUUUCUGUCCCCUCAGACACCGUUACUGUAAGCUUGCAGGCCUCAGCUGUGGCCACGGCAGGCCUGCUCUCUCAGGCCCUCAGGGGUCAAGGCCUUGGUAGGACCUGCCCACUCCAAAAACCCAGUGUGGGGGCAAAGGGCGUGAGAAGAGCAGGGCUUGCCCAGAGACACUGCUGGACAGGAAUUAACUCUCCAAAGGUCUCCCCUGCUCCCUACCUAGGUUGGGUCUUCAUGGUUUCUGCUCAGUCUGUCCCCCUUCCCCCUCCACCCCCGCAAUGAGUGGGCACCAGGGGACGCUCUGGUGAGGGCAGACCCCAGGGGAAAGCAAAGGGCGUCUCAGGGAACCCCCACAUUCUCUCACUGAAGUUUCCCACCAGGAUGACCCCACAGCCAGAGUCCCUUGGCAGCCCCUCACCCCAGAGCCCCCUUCUAAGGAAAAAAAGAGGUUCAGAGCGUUGGACCUUCAUGAACAGUGGCCUGGCUGGCGUGGCAGGGCCAAGGCCCACCCACUGCCAUCCCCCUUCUGUGUGUCCCUGUCCCCCAGUUAUGAGGCCCAGGGCCUGAGCUCUCUUCCCCAGCAUCGCCCCUACCCGGAAACCCUGCCUUUGGAGAGUUAAUUGUCUGUGUGAGGUGCUUAACCUAUCAGCCCUGAGAACACAAAGCAAUAAUCUUUGUUACUGAGAUGCGCGGCUGUUCGUGUUUUGGGUUUUUUUUUUUUUUUUAAUGUUUCCUAAUAAAAGAGAAGCUGCAUUUUAUUGGUUUUUAUUUUUAAUUUUCUACACGUUUGAGCUGAGUCCUGAGACACUUAGCUUCCCUCUCCCUCAUCCCCAGACCCUUCCACCCCACUGGACCCAACCAUGGGCUCAGGACCCUGGAAUUCCAUUUUCUGAUUUGUUUGGGGAUUUUUUUUUUAAAGAUGUUACAUGGUGUUUCGAAGCCAGCAAGUUACCACCCUCCGGUGUCUCUUCUCUCCACAUCUGUAACUUCUUUUUCCAGGUUUUAUUUUCAGUUUUAAAUUCCUAAUAAAUUAUUUGAAAACGUUGCUGGGCUUGUGAAUGUCUUGUGUCUCUGUGCAUUCAGGGAUACCUCAUUUUCCUGUUUUAGGGAUGACAGGACUCACCUCCAUCCUCUUAGGGUCCUGGCAGGAUCCAAGAAUUAAAUUGACACAAGAUAGAUGAACAGGGCCAGUCAGUCACGGUGGCUCAUGCCUAUAAUCCCAGCA